AUGUUCCAUAUUCCUGAUACAAUUCUCGCUCUAGUGCAUCAUGUAAAUAAAGGUGUCUUUUGGAAAAGCUUAUUCAUCAAGAUGAGCCAAUUUGGAGAUGACUGCUACUUCUACUAUUACUCAUCCUGUACGAAGGGAGAGAGUUGUACCUACAGACAUUGCACAGAGGCUUUAGGAAAUGAGACAGUCUGUACCAACUGGAGAAAAGGAAAGUGCUAUCGAAGUGGAUGUAUGUUUCGUCACAUGGAAAUAAAGAUUGACCGAAGUCAGAUUCCUUGUUAUUGGGAAAGUCAACCAUCUGGCUGUACCAAACCCCAUUGUGUUUUUAAACAUUAUUUACCUCGUGAUGAUUUUGGAACAAUUUCAUCUUCCAAAGAUUCUUCAAAAGUUGCUAUAAAAUCUAAUCAGUCAAGCCCUGACAAAAUAGUCCCACAGAAAGUAGAACCAGUGGUUGUAAAUCCUCUUGAAGAGUCAGACCAAGAAAGUAUUUGCAGUCCACAAAUAAAGAAAUCUUCUCCACAAGAGAAACCUGUUGAGGAACGGCCCAAAGUAAAUGCUCUUCGAAGAUUAGGACCUCGAAGAAUUGAGGAAAAUUUUGCAAAAAGUUCUGAUGAUCUUGGAAUUAAGUCUUUGGAACAAAUUAAAAAAGAGAAAGAUAAUUCUAAUUCAGAAUUCACACCACGAGCAACUGAAGAGAGGCUCAGACAAAUUAUUUCUCAAAAGAAGAACCUAGUCAAUCCGAAGACUAAAGUUGAUGAAAACAUUCCAGUGUCCCUAGAUGAUGUCAUUAUGGCCAAAAUACAAGCAGAAAAUAUUAAGGAGCAAGCCAGCAAGGAUGGUGUACCCACAGCUUUGAAAAGAAAAUUGCCAGAAGACAAAUGUGAUAAACCAAUUCGUAAAGUAGUUAAAUGUGAUAAUGUGAAAAAAGUUGCCCCUUUGGCAGCAACUACUAAACAGGUGAUAACAAAUACAAGUGAUCCUCUUGUGGUGAAACGGAAACCUAUCCAAUAUUCUAGUGAUGAUGAAAAUGAUAACAGCAGUACUGGAUCCAUGAGUUCAGAAGAUUCAGAAUUGAACUUCAAAGUGAAGACUUUAAAUGAAAUUCGAGCUGAAAAAAAGCGAAAAUCAGGCUUCACAGAGAAAGAAUCAAGCUCAGGAUCUGUACCAAAAAGGGAAUCUAUUGCAAAACCAAGAAUAUCUGAACAAAAAAGGGAAUCUAUUGCAAAACCAAGAAUAUCUGAACAAAAAAUGAAGAAAGGCAGACAAAUUUAUGUGCCUCCUGCUGUUAGAACUCACAUUGAAAGCCAGGACAUUCCCAAUGGCUUGAAUGUAGGACAUGCUAUUGAAACAUCACGGAAAUCAAAUCCUAAGAUUUCUAUAAUGAAUCCAUUGCAAGCAAAAAGUGAGCUGCAAGUAUCAGAUUCCUCAUCUCAAAGUAAAGCAGAAAGUGACUCUCUUGAAAAAAUCAAAAUCAAAAGCUUUGCAGAAAUAAUGGCACAGAAACGACAACGGAUCCUGCAACAGCAGCAGAAACCAACAAACAGUUCUGUAUCAGCCCCAGUAACCAUGUCAGACAUGCCUGAAAAAACAUCUCUGGAUGCAGCUGCUAAUACAGCUAAGAAAGCACCAACUUUGGCUUUAUGGAGAAGGAAGAAGGCUUCAGAUUUUGAGAAUGAUCAAAAGACCAAAAUUAAAACAGCUAAGACAGAAAUGCAGCUAACAACACCAAGAAAGCAGCUUGUCACUGCUGUAGACAACAAUAAUGAUGGUGCCAUAUGUGAGGUGUCACAACCUAAAAUCCAGCGGAUUACUCCACCACAGAAUACAAAGACUAUUGUGAAAAAUUCCAAUAUUGUACCCACAGUCAUGACAAGAAAGACAACUGUAUUAGCAGCAGGUGCAAAGUCCACUCCUGAAGUGGUGCAAACCAAACCUAAAUUGUCAGAAACAGCUAAUGUUCUUCCGAAAGGAAAAGCAAAGAAAGUUGAUGUAUCGGUUACUUCUCAGCUUCACAAACCGGACCUGAAAUGUAAACCUGUGGUUAAUCCAAAGAGAUUAAUAGCCACCUCUUCAGUAUUAAAUACAACAAUUGAUUCAAAACCGCUUGUACAAGAGAAGACAAUCCCAGGUACUCGUGUUGCAGAGAAACAAGAAGAACAGAAGGUGGAUGCUGAAACAAAAUCAGCAGCAUUACCACAACCAGAGAGAAGUUUAUCAAAUGUUUCUGAUAGUAUUUUUGAUGAUAAUGAAUUAUUUGACACUGGUGGUGUGACCCACGUUGGUGCUAAAGAUGAUGAUGACGACGACGAUGUGCUGCGACAGUUGGAAGAAAUGUUAGCCAGCUGA